AGUGGCGUUCAGUGGCGUUCUGUGCUUACCCGUGAGCGCGCAAUGUGAAAAUAUUUGUGCGGGGCUGUCGUUGAAAUCUUAUCGAGUGGAGUUGUUAUUUCGUUGCCGAUUUUGUGCAUUUGCAGGAAUGUCCAUUAUGUCUGCCAGCCAGGACUACGAUCGCAAGUAUCUGCGCAGCAUGGGGGGCAUCUGCAAGAUCGCCUGCAUGCUGAGCAGCUUCAUCGGCUUUCUGUUCAUUCUGUUCGGGCCGGUGCGAGUGAGCAACUUUCGGGGCAGCUUCUAUUUGGUCGUGGCGGCGAUGGGCUUCACAGCCACACUGGCGCUGCUGCUUGCCCGCUACCUGCGUCUGUGGCAACGUUACUGCAGUCGGUGCGACGCAACGCUCUGGUCUCUCGGUGUCCACUCCACGCUGGCGGUGUCCUACUUUGUGGCCUCUGGGCUGGUGCUCUCUCUGGACAUUGGUACCUAUACGGCCGCAGCGUUCUUCGGACUGACAGCUUUCAGCAUUAAUGGCCUGGAGGCCUUUGCCCACUAUCGCCGCAGCCGUCUACGGGAGGUGGCCACUCAAACAGUAUAGGGCCCUACUGGCACCAAAAGCUUUGAUCACUCUUAGUAUUUUAAGUCUGCUCUCAGUUAGUCGAGUCUCUCCGGCUGCCAUAAAAAUAGCUAGCAAAGUAUGUUAAUGCAAGGUGAGGUAUAGAUACUCCCCUUCUUGAGACGGUGUACAGGUGUGAGCACGCUCUGAGAAUGCCUCACCUUACACUACAUAUAAAAUUUGAGAGUAAGAUUUAGUGAUAAUUUGCGUGCCACGAGCAGUGUGGCGUUUGUUUGCAUUAAAUUCUGUUAGUAAAGUGUACAAAAAAUAAGAUACAUACGUAAGAUAUGUACAUAUGUACUUAUGUAUAUUGCUGCUGUCUGAACAGUUACUCGAUUAUGUUAUCUAAUAAUUGUUAUUAUGUAGGUUACAAAGAAAAAAAAAAGAAGAAGGAGGAGAAUAUCAAUAGGAGGAGGAACAGCGCGGAGAGGCAGAGUCGCAACCAAAGUCUAAUGUAAGCUUCAGAUAAACGGACAAAGUCGAAAGAAUAGCAAAAGAAUUAAAGAGAUGAUGAGAGUACACGUACAUGGUUAGAGAGUUAUAGAGAAGAAAUAUGCACAUAUGUACAUAUGUAUGUCUUUAGUACAUAUUCUUGGUCAGAAUCAACAUGAAAAUUGUUUUAGAACGCAAAAGUCCUUUGAAAAAUGCCGUAAACUUGGCAAAGACCCAUCUUUGUUCCUAGCUGCUUGCAUCGGAGCGCCAUAACACACAUACAUACAUUCAUACAUGUGUAUGUAUGUCUAACAUGCUAAACCAAUAUCAAAAUUUUACACGUCCCGCGUUUUUACAUUCAACCAAAUUAUAUACUUAUAUACUUCGGACCCCAAAGAUAACAUUAUUUUAUUUGUAUUUUGGCUUUUUUUCUUCUUUUUCUCAUCUAAUACACAUAUUUACAUAUGUAUUCUCCUCGUUCUUCCGACAACACAGUUCGGCACAUUUCGUUUUUAUUGUUGGUUCGGGUGAAAUAAAUAAAAUGUUUCACUCCACUAAGUAUAUUUAACAAUCUAAUGAAGUGUACAACUAAAGCUCUUUCCAAACUUA